AUGGGCGAUACCAAGUAUUGGAGCAAGGAGCACCCCCAUUUGGCAAACGCACCUCUGAGGAUGGUAUACUUGAUGCCAGCAACGCAAGAAAAAGAGGUACAGUGGAACGACAAGAGUAGUGCGAAACCAAAUCAUUUCGUUAUCCCGAACCGAGUGGAUCUUGUACGCAGCAACUUUGGGAAAGAUAUCAUUCAGAGAAAGACGAAGCCGGACAUCCAGGUUGGGAACAAGACUGAAAAGCCGCACGCUGCAGCUAUGGUAGACAAGCUCUACCGAUUAUCUUGGACAUGUACGUGCGGGUACAGGGGACUUGAUCAUUACACUGAGCAUCGGCCUGGUGCAGUACGUGAACUCUUGGAAACGCUUCAAGAGCAUGGUAUAAAAGCUUCCAUGGAAGCUUGUGAUUCAUCCCAGUCCAGCCGAUCUGCAGCAAGAGCUGUGCUUGAGCGACUUGGAAUGACAGUUGCAAACAUUUACACUUGGAUUCGAUUCUGCAUUCUUGCGUGGUUGGGCAUCGAAAAAUGGACAUCUCCACCGCUAUCAACUAUGCAUCCUCGAAUUUCCGACUUGGUAAACGAUAGAAUGGCUAAUGGAAGUCCUCCUAAAGCGACUAGUGGGCCAACAAAUGGGAAUUUGCCAUCACAAUCGAGUGUAAAUAUUGAUCCCAGUAAUUCCAACCGACCACUUCAAACUUUGACGGGUCUCUCCAGGGCUUCUCAAACUACACCAGGACGACAGAACUGGCGCUCCACGUCUUCAACAACUAGCACUCAAGUCAACAGCACCAACAUCAACAUACCAGAAGAUUUUAUCCUCUUAUGCAUGAAGGUCAAGAGAUUCUUAACGAACCGUUACGACCUCCAGAUUUCAACAAUCACUCGAGAUCGCGAGCUCUUCGAAGCGUUACGCCGUGAAUACCACUCAAAGUUCCGAUGGGUCUACCGCCAGUUCAGCUUCCAGACCGUACAACGAAUGAGCUUUGUCAAGUUUACUCUACACGCUCGCAAAGAAGUCGACGGCCUCGUCUAUGAUAUGCCACCGGAGGCGGUCAAGCACUACACAUGCGAUCCUCACAAACCAGAUCGUACGCCAGCAUUGGGUAGUGACUUUCUCAUGCAUCGCUUCAGCUCGCCUAAGGAUUGCUUCCAAGACAAUAUUUGUCUUAGGCAGUUCCCAAAACGUAUCGGGGAGCGCCCAACCCCGGGCGUAGAUCCCGACCUCUACACGGGGUGGGGUGUGCAUCUCGAACAAGACAUGGAUCUACAGCGCAUCUGUCUCGUUCUGUUUUUCGGCAUUGCAUCUGCAGGCACAUUUGGGCUCGUAUGGGGCAUAUGCAAGAAAAGCCUGCAAGACGGUUUCUCCAUUGCGAGUUUCAUACUCGGAAGCGAAGCCAUCGCUGUCGCUACACUUCAACUAUUUCUUUCUUUCGGCGCCAUAUGA